ACUAGGCCCACUCACCAUGUGCUCCUGGACCUAUAGUCACCUCAUCUCGCGGUUAGCCGGAACGUGCCCCAAGGGGCGUUAACGGCAUGAUAUGAAUGUAUCCGUUUCUCGAACAUGUUAUCUUCCUCUCAAACAGACCCACUUCUGUUUCACGAUCCUUACCCCGUCGGGUGGAAUGUGAGAGGGACCCUCUACUUAUGCGCUAGCCGAUCUAUAACAAUCGCGACUAGAGCAUUUAUCAUAGCUUCACACAAGUGAGCCCCGAGCUCGCAUCUGAACUCUUCUCUUUCCCUCGUCAUUCUCCUUUGCUCGCUUCUGCACCAUGGCCCACAUGAGUCCAGCCGUCAACCUUGUAUGGGCAACACUUACAAUCAUGUUUGAGUUCUUCUUAAUUUAUCAUCUUUGGUCCUUUGACCGUUUUAAAAGCCUGAAGUGGAACCAUGGACAGUAUUCUGGGCCAUUUAAGCGGGUCAUGACGUACUCCUAUUUAACCUCCAUUCCGUUAAUCAUAAUUUACGCUGUUGGUUUCACCAUUAUCAAGUACAGCUAUGGUUUUACUGUUAUUCCUGGGUUGGGCAUCACACCCACUCCAUACGAGCUUUGGAGUGACAGCGCACGAAGCGCCAUCCUCCCACUGUACCUGUGUUUUUCAGUCGCCUGGGGACUAGAGACGGUAACACACCUAGAAGAGUUAUGCUUUUGGCUUUUCCUUGUCCAUUCUAGCUCUGGGAAACAAGAUUGGUUCCGAAGCCUAUACUUCAAGACAUGGGCGAUCGGUUCUGGUAUCGCAGUCAUUGGUAUGCCCCUUGUGACGACAUUCACACGGCAUGACCCAUACAAGUGCGAAUCUUACACAUUCUUGGCUGGGAGUCUCGGAAGCUUGUCUCUAACAAUAUGGUUUCUCCCGAUUUUAUGGGCAUUUCCCACAUUCCUAGAGAGUUUGAAACAAGCCGAUGUUGAUAUGAAUACGAUAGCUCGACUCACAAAGUUUCACGAGCUUAACUGCAUCCGGAUCCUCUUCCGUUUCCUCUUCACGGUGCCGUUGGUGAUCUUGGCCAUUGAUGGUGUCAGACCGCAUCAGCACAUAAAUGAUAAGAUGUUUCCGACUGACUUAUUGGGAAUGAUUGCGGUUAUAGGCUGUGUCGUAUCCUCUGGAAUUACUCUUGUCAUAUUCUUCCCUCGUUCAAUCAAGGGAGAAAUUUCUAGCAGGGAGGCAGCUCGCGAGCGCCAUCAACUUUCUAAGUCAAAAACAUUCAGUGAAAAUCAUAUCAAUGGGCAACGAAGAGGUCAACAUAUGUCCGCAUAUGAAUUGCCUCGCUAUGAGGCAGAAGAUCUUGACUUAUACACUUUCCGCCCGACGCAGAACAUUGUGAUCGAUGAUAUAGAGGACGAGGAAAAUCCAAAAUACGGGCCGCGUGAUGUGUCACCUUCACUAAGUCUGCAGCCGAACCGCAGAACGAAGGAUGGGGAUAUACAGCUAGGAACUGUCUUCACUCUUACGGACGAUGCUCUAUCGAGACAUAACACAGCUCUGCGGAAGUCGAAUGUGCAUCACCUUGUACGUAAUUGGCGAUCACCGCUUGAAAUUGGAGAACCACCACUUUGGCACCGGUGAUACCACAUUAAUAGGCGGCACUAACGAAUCAUCAUUCUUGUGGACUACAUUCCUAGCAUUACUUA